GCAGAGCUACACUGAGAGGCACUGCUUGAUCUUUCUGCAGGAGACUGAGACUCUUUUGAGAAAAUCUGCUAAGUUGUUUUUUUUUUUUUUUCAAAACUUGAAGAACAUCUAACUGAAGCAUUUUGAGUUUGUUGCUGGAUUUGACUAGCUUUUCAGCAAGACAGAAGGUGAAAGAAGGUAACAUUGUGACCAAGAUGAAGUUCUACCAGUGCCCUGUGACCCCAGACCUUGGGAAUCAAGGAUUACCCCAGGACUGUGGCGUCCCAGUCAGCUGCAAGACAUCUGCUUCUCUGAAGCCAAUCCGCAGUGUGCACUUCCCAAAUGACAUUCUUUUCCAAGACUAUGUGCGACAUGGUGAGCUGGAGAGAAUUGGACGUUUCAUCCGAACCAAUAGAGUCAGCCUGGACACCAUCUACCACUCUGGCAUGGCCGCUCUGCAUGAGGCCGUCCUGUCUGGGAACCUGGACUGUGUGAAGCUGCUGGUUCAACUAGGAGCAGAUAUCCACCAGAGGGAUGAGGAGGGAUGGACCCCACUGCACAUGGCCUGCAGCGACAGCUUCCCACACAUUGCACGCUACCUUCUGUCGCUGGGUGCCGACCCUGAGCUGGAGAACGACUGCGGGGAGAAGCCGGCUGACCUCAUUGAACCGGACAACGAGGAGCUGCUGGAGCUCUUUGGGAUAACUGUCAAUGACUGAGAACAUGUUGCUUUUAAAGCCACACCCUCAUCUGAAACCUACUGCCCAGUUACCUGACUGUUGCGCAGGGAUGGACAGAAAAGAUCACGCCAGUCCAGCGUCCUGAUUUGUGAGCUGCCUGAGCUGUGGAGCUCAAAGACUGUGGAUGUCUGGCAGAAGGAGGCUGCCCCCUGAAUGGAGCGAACUUUUGCUGGUAGGGGCUGCCCCCUGAUCUCCAGCUGUACAGAUUUACUGUACCCUGUAAGAACUGGCCAUCCUUUUAUACUGCAAUGAACUGAAUGAACCAUUUGUUUUGUAUUUGAUCUGGCAUGUUGCUGAACAUUGUGAAACCUGAAGCUGAUGUUUCAUUGUGAGCUUGUUAGCACCUGAAUGCUGAGAUUAGCAAAACCAAAUGGGCUUGUGUUUCCUGCCUUACUGUUUACUCAGAUGUUAGACUCAGACUUAGUUGAUGGUAUUGAUUUGUUGUUUGUACAUGACAUUUUAUACUUUUUAACAUAAAAUUUGUCAAACAAUUUCA